ACACCUACUGCUGGAAGCUUAUAUAAGGACAGGAAAGAAGGCAGCUUCUGCUAUUUGCCUGCUUGCCUUCACCUUACUAGCAAGUCCAUUCCUUCACUGGCCUUGCAGCCUUCAUCUUUGGGAUUCCAGCGUCUACUGAAGACCUGCUGAGACAUCCAGCCUCGGGGACUGAGCAACUUCUGGACUCUUGGACGUCUCAUUCAUAGCCAGCAUUGUUGGAUUAGCUAGAUCACUGCCUAAUAAUGUUGGCUGCCACACUGGAAGAAGGCUCAUGCAUCAACUUCAGGGAAAUGGCAUUUAUUGACAACACACUUUACUUUAUACCUGAAGAUGAUGGAGACCUGAAAUCAGACAACUUUGGCAAGAGACGAUCUACAACCUGUGUAAUACGAGAUAUGAAUGACCAAGUUCUCUUGGUCAUUGGCAGAGAAAGGCAAGCUGUGUUUGAGGACAUGCCUGAUGCUGACCAACGUGCUAAUCCCCAGACCAGACUGAUAAUACAUUCGUAUACAGAUUGUCACUCAAGGGGAGAGGCUGUAACCCUCUCUGUGAAGCAUGAAAGAAUGUCUACUCUCUCCUGUAAGGACAAAGGCAUUGCCUUUAAGGAAAUGGAUCCACCUGAAUAUAUCGAUGGUACUAAAAGUGAUUUCAUAUUCUUUCUGAGAAGUGUUCCAGGACACAAUAAGAUGCAAUUUGAAUCUUCAAUGCACGAAGGACACUUUCUAGCUUGUGAAAAGGAGGGUGAUUUUUUCAAACUCACAUUGAAAAAGAAGGAUGAAAAUAGAGAUAAAUCUGUAAUGUUCACUGUUACUAGCUUACCUCAGACUUAGGUAUUAAGCAUUUUUGUACCAGAAAGAUGAGUAGAUUACAUGAGCCUUAUGAUAAUCCAUUCUGUGUUGCCAUAGCAAAAUACCCCAGGCUGCAUAAUUUAUAAAGCAAACAGGUUCAUUUAUCUCACGUGUCUAGUUCAAUUCCUACGUCCUGGUGAAGGGCCCUGGCUGCAUUACAGCAUACAAGAUAAAAGGAAAGGAAUCAGCUGCAUGUGAAUUAGCACAUGGGUGAGCCUCACUUCAUAGCAACUCUUUCUUGAGAGAGGCUUCGGCCCUUCCCAAUGCUGGAACCCUCAGGAGCUGUUCACCUCCCACCUCUUUAAUAUAUCACCACCUCAACAUGGUUAUACUGGCGAUCAAGUUUCCAGCAAAUCUAUUCACGUGACAGUGAA